GGCCUCACACAGCACCUGGCGCACCCCUCCCCCCCGGGGCUGUCUAUCCUUGUCACGCUCGUUUUUAGCACCAGAUUACAGGGAGAUCAGCCCGUUUUUCCCUUUCUGUGGGAGUCCUUUGGCGCCGCUAGGUUGGGCUCAUGCCACCGCCCGUCUUAAUCUGUGUGUCCGUGUCGGCCAAGUUUGCCGGAGCAGGGCCGCCUUUGGCUUUGUCGACAGCCCGAUUCGUCAUUCUCCUCGCUCUUAUACAGACCAGUGUCCACCCUCCUUCCCUUUCCUCACCCCAUUACUCUCUCUUGGUACAAACCGUCUCUAAUUCUCCCCUUCACGCCUCUCUCCUCUAUAUCUAUACGACCUGGCACGACAUCUACAAAGAAACAUCCAUUGCCUUUACGUCCGCCUUCCUCUUGUAGACACACUACGCUUUCGAACCACCAACCGCAUCCUGGCCGCUAGAAACCACUUUGACCACCCUUCCACAGCCAGCUACGACGUCAUUUGUUGAAUACGGCUUUCUUGUUCAGCAUUUUGCUUGAAUACUCUACACACAGACGCAUACUUUCUUCACAAUUGCCAUCAUGCGCCGAACAACGCCAGAACCCGGCGCCUCUCGGCGUCUAGCCUCUCGCGGCUCCAAAUCGAAGCCGACAUUCCCAGCCCAACAGAUGUUUGUUCUUGCCUGCUGCAGAAUAUGCGAACCCAUCGCCUUUAUGUCGAUCUUUCCCUAUGUUUCAGAGAUGAUCAAGAGCUUCAACAUGACAGAUAACGAAAGCCAAGUCGCCCUCUAUGCAGGUAUGAUUACUUCGGCCUUUACACUAGCAGAGUUCAGCACCGGUUUUCUUUGGGGCAAGAUGAGUGACCGCGUGGGCCGCAAGCCCAUUCUUCUCUGUGGACUCAUUGGAACUGCCAUUAGCGUUUUGCUCUUUGGCUUUGCCAAGAACUUUUACCUUGCACUCUUUGCUCGUGCUCUGGGAGGAUUGCUCAAUGGCAACAUUGGCGUUCUCCAAACAACAGUUGCAGAACUUGUGACUGUGCGAGAGCAUCAGCCACGCGCAUAUACCAUCAUGCCCAUGGUUUGGUGCAUCGGUUCUGUACUUGGUCCCGUCAUCGGAGGCGCUCUAGCAAACCCGUGCAAAAGCUUCUCGAAUAUCUUCCCGACAGGUACACUAUGGGAACAAUACCCAUUUUUACUGCCGAAUCUCUUUAGCGCCUUCAUGGUACUGGUCGGUGUCACCGUUGGCCUGCUCUUCCUCGACGAGACGCACCCGGAUAAGAAACUGCAACGCGACCCAUGCCGCGACGCUGGCCGGCGCCUGGCUGCCUUUUUCCAAAAGAAUAGCUCUUGCAACUGGCGCAAUACUGAGAAACAGGGCCUCUUAGAGGACAACCGACUCUGCGGCUACGAUACUACCGAUUCAAUGUCUGAUAGCGACGAGCCUCUACCAAGAUACCAGAGCCACGAAAGUUCGCCACUCCUGGCUCCUCAGGAAGAUUCCGAGCAGAUGAUUGAUGGUGAAGUUUUGGCUGAUAGCGAGCCUGCACCCCAAGUAAUCUUCACCAAGCCCGUCAUCUUGAACAUUGUGUCGUACGGCAUCCUUGCUUUCCAUACCAUGACAUUCGAUCAACUCUUCCCCGUAUUUCUCGAAAUGGCGCCGCCCAAGACCCCUGUCUACGAAUUGCCAUUCAAAUUUGUCGUCGGCCUUCAAUACAGUACUGCAACUGUCGGUGUCAUCAUUGCGGUCCAAGGCGCUUACUCACUUUUUUCAAACUACGUCCUAGUUGCACCAGCCACUCGCCGAUUCGGCUCGCUCCGACUCUUUAGAAUGCUUGCCUUUUCUUAUUUCAUGCUGUACUUCGUCACACCGUACAUCGUCAUUCUACCAACCAAACUUGUGAUGCCGGCCGUCUACAUUUUGGUUAUUUGGAAGUGCACCUACGCGACGAUGGCCUACCCAAACAACGCCAUCCUAUUGGCCAACAGCGCCUCUUCAAGAAAAGUUCUCGGAACAAUCAACGGAGCUGCUGCUUCCACUGCAAGCCUGUGCCGUGCUUUGGGUCCCCUUGUCUCUGGAGUCUUCUACUCAUUGGGCCUAUCGAGCGGUUACUCUGGCCUUGCUUGGUGGGUAAACGGACUCGUCAGCAUUGGCGGUGCUAUCUUGACCCUGUACAUUGCCGACACUCCUCUUGGAUCGGCAACCUGCGACGAUGACGACGAACUUGUCUUGGAGGACGACAGCGAAAGCGACAACCAAGUAUAAAGACUUGGUAUAUUCUGACGACUUGACGAUACACAUUCUAUUCUCUUCAUUAGCAGGCCGGGAGCCUAUCCUUAUUACUGCAUCCACGACCAAAUAGCCGACAUGAUAUUUUGCAUGUCUGCCAAUUAGGACGGGAUUCUUGAACCCUACUGAAAGGGUUCUCUUUUUUUUCUUGUCAUUUUGCUUUCGAGAUUUUUCGGCUAGAGAAACGGGUGCAACUCCGGCUAGCGAAGCAAGAGGUUGGUCGGGACCACCUCAAACGUUGUUUUUUUGGGGGGGGUUACGGUUCUGCGAAAGUGAUAGAGAGAAGGGCUGCGCAGAAUCCAUGUAAUACUUGGCAAGAUUCCCUUUUUCUAUUUUCUUGGAUAUACUCGGACGGGAAAGCCUCCGGGCCUAUUGUUUUAUUAUUAUUAUAUUGCGUUUAUGUAGCAGCGUUGGAGUAGGAUUGAUCCAGAAUACUGCUCGCAAGGGCAACCAAUAUUAAGCAAAAUAUCUCAUC